AUGUCGUCCGACCUCGCCGCCUUCCACGCCCUCCUCACCAGCCUCCACACGCCGCGCAUCCUCGCCCUCUGCGGCGCGGGCCUCUCCGCCUCCUCCGGUCUCCCCACCUUUCGCGGCGCCGGCGGGCUCUGGCGCCGCCACGACGCCACCCGCCUCGCCACCCCCGAGGCCUUCGCCGCCGACCCGGCCCUCGUCUGGCUCUUCUACGCCUACCGCCGCCACAUGGCCCUCGCCGCCCGGCCAAACCCGGCCCACCGCGCCCUCGCCGCCCUCGCUCGCGCGGCCCCCGGCUUUCUGUGCCUGACGCAGAACGUCGACGGCCUGUCGCAGCGCGCCGGCCACCCGGCCGCCCAGCUGCGCGCUCUGCACGGCAACCCUCUUCGGGCUGCGCACCAGGGAUGCGGCUACCAAGAAGAAGAGAACCUCGCCGAUCCCCUCGUGCCGGCUCUGGCGCCGGCGUCGGCGGACGUCGCGCCCGGCCAGACGCCGCCGCUGCUCGACGCGGCGCACCCCCUCCCGUCCAUCGGCCGCGACGCGCUCCCCUCGUGUCCGCGGUGCUCGUCGCUGCUGCGCCCGGGCGUCGUCUGGUUCGGCGAGGCGCUCGACGACGCAGUGCUGGAUUCGAUCGACGGCUGGAUCGAGGCCGAGACGGUCGAUCUCGUUCUCGUCGUCGGCACGAGCGCGCGCGUGUUUCCUGCGGCGGCGUACGUGGAGCUCGGCCGCGCGCGGGGGGCCAGGGUUUGUGUUGUUGAUCUCGAGGUCGGGCGUGACAGGCGGGACGAUGUGGAUUUCGUCUUUGAGGGCGAUGCUGCCGUGCUCUUGCCGAGGAUGCUGGCGCCCUUGAUUGGGCCGUUGGAGGACUGA